CGCCCUGCUUGCCAGAAGAGCCCAGGCCGCCCGCGCUCGCGCCUCGCCGGCCCCUCCCCCGGUCGCCGCGGCCGCCGCGCCGCCGCUGCAGGUAGGAGGCUCCCCUUCCGGGCGGGCAGCAGCGGGGCGGGGGCGGGGGGGCGCGGGACGGGCGUGCAGGGGCCGGGGGCCGGCAUGGCGGGUUUUCGGGCCGAGCCGCUGCGACCCCUGCCUUGCAGGCUGGGCGCCAGGCGACCGCCUCCGCGCGCCGCGAUGGGACUCGGAUAGCUAGCGGCCAGGAGAAAUAUAGUGGAAAAUGCAAAACAACGAAAUUAUAAAGCCUGCCAAAUACUUCUCAGAAUUGGAAAAGAGCAUCCUGCUGGCUUUAGUAGAAAAGUAUAAAUAUGUACUGGAAUGUAAGAAAAGCGAUGCGCGAACUAUUGCCCUUAAGCAGCGUACCUGGCAGGCGCUGGCCCACGAAUACAACUCUCAGCCCAGCGUGUCCCUGCGGGAUUUCAAACAGCUGAAGAAGUGCUGGGAGAACAUCAAGGCUCGGACCAAAAAAAUUAUGGCCCAUGAAAGGAGAGAGAAAGUGAAACGGAGCGUCAGCCCUCUCCUGAGUACCCACGUCCUAGGGAAGGAGAAGAUCGCCAGCAUGCUGCCGGAGCAGCUCUACUUCCUGCAGAGCCCCCCGGAGGAGGAGCCCGAAUACCACCCCGACGCCUCGGCCCAAGAAUCAUUUGCUGUUUCAAAUAGAGAACUGUGCGAUGAUGAGAAAGAGUUCAUACAUUUUCCAGUAUGUGAGGGGACCUCUCAACCUGAACCCUCGUGUUCAGCUGUCAGAAUAACAGCCAAUAAAAACUACAGGAGCAAAACCUCUCAGGAAGGUGCUUUAAAAAAGAUGCAUGAGGAAGAACACCAUCAACAAAUGUCCAUCUUACAACUGCAACUGAUACAAAUGAAUGAGGUGCAUGUGGCCAAAAUCCAGCAGAUAGAGCGAGAGUGUGAGAUGGCAGAGGAGGAACACAGGAUAAAAAUGGAAGUUCUCAAUAAAAAGAAGAUGUAUUGGGAAAGAAAACUACAAACUUUUACCAAGGAAUGGCCUGUUUCCUCAUUUAACCGGCCCUUUCCCAAUUCGCCCUAAGACUUUGGGGGUGGCUGUCUUGUAAUUAAUCUGUGUUGGCAAAGAAUGUUUGGAACAUGGACCUGCGGUCAGUAACCUGUAACAGAGCUACAACUAGGAAAAUUAGAGUGGUAGUAGUCACUUAUUUAAGAAUUCAUUCAGGUAAACAGCUGCACCCUCUGUACCCCUUAAGUGGCAAAGAAGCUGUUAUAGUCUUCUGAAAAUUAUCACUAUGAGUGCUAUAAUUCUGAAUGUAAUGUCUCUGAAUUAGAAUUCAUACAAGAACCA